GAACCUCUCACCCUAACAGCAGAGGUUUUCCGUUGGUGGGGGUGUUCUGGGGGCCGAUUCACUUUUUUUUUUUUUCCAAAGAGAGAGGGUGACGCUUCUCCGUUCACUGGGAAUGUACUGACUGAGGGUCCAACUCUCAGCCCUCCAGCUGGACCCUACUGCUGCUCUGCUCACUGCGUGGGGUUUAAACCAAGACACAAACACACCUGACAGCUGAGCUCUUCCUGGCUGCUCUUUCACUGACCAGUCUUACAAAAAAAACCAUGAGGAUCUUUCUGCUGCUUUGCCUGCUGGCACUCGGCAACGCCAAACCCUACCAGCCAAUCAACGUCAUGGAUUUCAUGAAAAACUACGACAUCAUGAUGGCUGAUGAUUCAGAUGAUGAUGAUGAUGAUGAUGACGAUGCUGAUGACGACGAUUAUGAUGAUGAGAACUGUCCAGCUGGCUGCCAUUGCUCACCUAGAGUGGUGCAGUGCUCUGAUCAGGGGCAGAUCUCUGUUCCUGAGAAGAUUCCUGAAGACACUGUGAUCUUAGAUCUCCAAAAUAAUGACAUCACUGAGAUCAAGGAGGAUGACUUUAAAGGCCUCCACAAGCUUUAUGGCCUGUUUCUGAUCAACAACAAGAUCUCAAAGAUACACCCCAAGGCCUUCCGAGACAUGUUCCAUCUCCGGCUGCUGUAUCUCUCCUACAACCUGCUGACUGAGAUCCCUGCAAACCUGCCUCCCAAUAUCGUUGAGCUCCGCUUCCAUGAAAAUAAUAUCAAUAGAAUCCAGAAGGAUGCAUUUAAAGGCCUGAGGAAACUCCAUGUGCUGGAGCUGGGAGCCAAUCCUCUAGCUAACACUGGGAUUGAGCUGGGAGCAUUUAACGGUUUGUCAACUCUGUACGUCGGUAUAGCAGAGGCCAAACUGACCGCUGUACCAAAAGACCUCCCAUCCUCCAUCACAGAGCUGAGCCUGGAUUAUAACAAAAUUUCUAAGGUGGAAGUAGAGGACUUCAUCAGAUAUAAAAAUUUGCAGAGACUAGGACUUGGUUUUAACCAGAUCAAGUUUGUAGAAAAUGGCAGCCUUGCCAGGAUCCCAAACGUCCGUGAGAUCCACCUGGACAACAACCGACUGAGAAAGAUCCCACCAGGCCUCAGCUCCCUGCGCUACCUCCAGGUGAUUUUCCUCCAUGGCAACAAAAUCAGCAAUGUGGGCGUCAACGAUUUCUGUCCCAUCAGACCCAGUAUCAAGAAGAAUCUGUACACAGGCAUUAGUCUGUUUGCCAAUCCUGUAAAAUACUGGGACAUCCAGCCAGCCACAUUUCGCUGUGUGACCGGACGAAGAGGUGUUCAACUUGGAAACUUCAGAAAGUAGAAGUAGGGACAACACUUUCUAGACAGCUCAGAAACGGAGAACUGGCAAUAUUCUUGUUAAAGCAUAAAGAAGCAGUCCAAAAUAAUUUGGACAGAUAAAAAGAUGAAACUGCAUUACUUAAGGGUAAAAAAAAAAAAGUCAUUCUAUAGAUGUAUAUUAAAAACUGUAAUACAUGUUGAAUGCUGGUACAUGUGAUAACAUGAACAGCUGAUCAUUAUAAUGAAAUUCAGCCCUGCCUGCCUCUGUGAGAUGCUCUCAUUAAGGUGAUCCUUACCUAAUGUCACUCAACUUUUGCUGUGUAAACUGUCCUGGAAUAAAGCGCCUCCUUCUGGUCACUUUUUGAGUAAACCACCCAUUGACUUGAAAUGUAGCAUUACAUGCAGAUGCCUUUUUAGCCAAAGAGAUCCUUUUUAGUUUCAAAAUAAGACCACUUUAAUAAAAUACAGUAGAAGAAUUUCUAAGUUUAAGUGGUCUUUGUAACACUUCAACAACAAACAAAAUAGACAUUUCUUCUUUUUUGUAAUUUCCGUACCUCUUAUAUUAACAUCUUUUUUAAAGUUGAAACAUUGUAAUUAUCACAGAAGAGUCACAGUAGACAGAGAUGUGACCUAACAGGAGUUUAAAAACCUUUUCCACCCAGCUGGUGUCUGUACAGUCAAUGAAUGAUAGUGGCAUUAUUCAGUGCAGUAAGUCACUUUGAAGCCUAAUGUCUGUCUUAAUUUGGAUGUUUUAUGUUAUCUCACUGCAUGUCUGUAUUGUUCUUAUAUAGAAGUUGAAAGGUACUUGUCAGACUGGAUUAUACAUUGUCCUUGAUGUAAACCCAAAACGUCAUUGUUUUAAUCAACUAUAGCAACCAAUUGAACGACAGUUAUCAAUGAGAUUAUAGGCAGGUAAUACAACUCCCAAUCUGAAAACAUGUAAUAAACAUGUUCCUGUUUCCUCCAGUGAUCUCUCCUCUGAAAUGGUGCUAUAUUUAUUGACUAUGUCUUUAAUAAAAAGUGGAAAACC